AUGAUGGUAGAAAAAUUUUUAACCAGUCCUGAUAGCUCUGUAAAGUACGUCACCUUUAAAGAAGAGCCUACCAAAACGAGGCAAGGGGUACAACGGAUUGCCCAAAGAGCUGUAAAACCUCAAAUGUUUGCCACUGGAGGAGAGCGAUGUCCGGUAGUGCUUUUCGAAGACAUGAUCUCUACACAUCCACCUGAACUCAAACUCCACGGCUUAUUCCACUUGACAACAAUUCCUAGACCAAAAGGUGAAGUGUGGUUUAGCAGACAACGGAUGGGAGAACACAAGCGGAUUGGACAUGAACUCUGGUUUAACAGCUGCCACUGGCAAGAAAAUUACCAACCAUUCAAGCAGAAAGACAUGUGUACAAAAGCUAGAGAAUGCUGGUGUGUCUUGGGACAAAAUCAUUGA